AGCGGCGAUGUCGGUGGACCUUCCCGGAUGACAACGGCCGGCAGACCAUCGAGGAAGCCCUUCAGCGGGCCGUGGCUGGUAGCAGGCGGGGGCCUGCGGAAUACCGCCCGGUUCUGCUGGAGGGCUGAGGAGGAGGUGGGCACCUUCCCCGACCGGCUGGCCUUCAUCCGGGAGGUGGCCUUCAAAGCACUGGGCCUUCGUAUUCUUUGUGUACAGCGGAAUGGGCCCUUCCAAUUCUUUGAGGUCACUUUGUCCACCGAUGACAGCUGCAGCAAGGUCCUGGAGCGGAGCAAGGAGAGGGCCCAGCACCCUCUCCUCGGACGUUACAACAUCGAGCCGCUGUGGUGGCCCGACAAGCGGCCUCCCUUCUGCCGGCAGUGCCACAGCUUUGGACACACCCUGGAGGGAUGCGCCAAUCUGCGCUGCCGCAACUGCCUGGAGUCGGGGCACAUGGCCAGGGACUGCAAGGGCCCCCGUCGCUGCAAGCACUGUAACGGCGAGGACCAUCUGGCUCGUUCCUGCCCACAGAAAAAGACUACAUAUGCCGACGCUCUGUCGGGUAAAAGAGCAGAAGUCCACCUCCGGGACCAGCGGGACGAGGCUCUCUUUUCACGACAGUGGAAGAGGGGUAGAUCCUACUGGAGCGUAGGUGGCGUCCACUCCUCAGGCGUCGGGAUCCUUUUUGGCGACCGCGCCUUUGAAGAAAUCGACACUUGA